GAUCGAUAGUUCUGAGAUCUUUUAAUUUUUCUCCAGUCCUCGACGGACAAAUCGCCCCUCUCGUAUGAUACUGACAACGGAAACCCUAUCCUUGAAUCACUGUAUAGGUACUGUAACUUAUAAAUGGCAUCAACCGGAACUCUUCAAUUCCAUCCCAUUUCUUUCCGGCCAGUUUGGGGUUCGAAGCGUUCGAAAUUAGUUGAACUCAGAGCAGAUAUUGGGCUAAGUAGUGGUAGGCCGAGCCGAAGCCGACUAAAGAUCCACCGGAAGUUGUUUGUACUGAGAGCGGUUACCGAUUCUUCAAGUUGCGGGGGAGAGGACCACAGUGACCGAGAUGAGGCGGUGGUUAAGAGUGAGAGAAUUGCCGUGAUUGUAAAAGACCGGGUAACCAAAUUUCAAGGGAUAAUCAGCUCUUCCCCUCCCGUUGUUUUCGUGAUGAAUAGAUACAGAGGGAGUAAUUUUGCUAUAGGUUUAUGUAUUGUGACUGCAUUUUUGGUAAUCGGUGUAAGAUUAUAUGCCACAAGGAAGUCAAGGGACAGCCAUCCUGGCUCUGUAGCUGAUCUUGUCAGACGUGGCCAGCUAAGAUCUGAUAGAAGAGGCAUUUCAAGGCCUCUAAAGUAUGAAGAUCCAUUCAAUAAUCCGUUGGUGAAAGUUGGGAAGGGCAAUUCAACCAUCGAAGUGUGUGGAAAGGUUUAUCGGUUAGCCCCAGUAACUUUGACCGAAGAGCAACAAGCUAUCCACCAGAAGAGGAGGUCACGAGCAUACCAGUGGAAGAGACCUACAAUUUUUCUUAAAGAAGGGGAAUUGGUGCCUCCUGAUGUUGACCCUGAUACGAUUAGAUGGAUUCCUGCAAAUCAUCCUUUUGCAACGACAACUAGCGACAUUGAUGAAGACUUAGCACAAAAUAAUGUGUAUCAAAAGCAUGGUGUUCCAUUCCGUAUUCAAGCUGAGCAUGAGGCAUUACAGAGAAAGCUUGAAGCACUACAAACGGAGCAAAAAUUCAAUAAUUUAGUGAUAGAUCCUAGAAAUGCUAAAGAUUUUGAGAGACCGUUCAAGGACCAGUCAAGGUCAGAUGAGCAAGUAGAACAGAGCUCUAAUAAUCAAACGGGUGAUUCAAUGCCUCCCAAAUCUAAUUGUGCCCCAAUUUCAUUUGAAAGCAACCCAUCCUCCGAGGAAACGCAGAAGCUUUAAGUUGCAUAUGGCUUGUACGAAUACUGCGGUCACUUGCCAAGGAGGGUAGCUGUGCGGCAAACAUUGUAUUUCUGAGAUUUUACCGAAGACAAGUCCAGAUAUUUCUAUGAAUUUCCUUCCAAGUUUUGUACUUUAUGAAGGCUGGUCUGUAAAUAGGAUGAUACUUCAUCGCUAUUCUACUUGGAUUGCAAUGUAUUUCUGUUGAUAGCCUUA